AUGAAGCUCGUUAGGGGCGCGUGGAGGAAUGGAAUGGCGAUGAGAGACGGCGUCAUGAAUGCGUUCUUGAUGAAAUUGAACAAUGAGACGGUGACGAUCGAGUUGAAGAACGGGGCUGUCGUGCACGGGACCAUCACCGGCGUCGACAUGCAAAUGAACACCUUCCUCAAAACCGUCAAGAUGACGAUGAGGAACCGCGAGCCCACAUCUCUCGACACGCUCUCCAUCCGAGGCAACAACAUCAGGUACUUUAUCCUCCCCGAUGCUCUUCCUUUGGACACGCUGUUGGUGGAUGACGCGCCCAAACCGAAGCAUAGGAAGAAGGACGAUGUCAGAGGACGUGGUAGGGGACGUGGUGGAGAUCGUGGACGGGGUCGGGGCAGGGGUCGGGGCCGUGGAAGGGGCAUUUAG